AUGGUCCAAUAUCAACCAAUCAUCACCUCGCCGGAUGACUACAAAACGGCACAUAAACGGCGUAUCAUCUAUCUACGUCCGUUUCUCCUUUUCUGGCUAAGCUGUCUUUUCAUCGAAAUCAUCUUCCUCGCUGUCGGUGUAUUCAUCAUGACCGGCACUCGUGACAUUUUCAAUAAGGUCAUGUGGACACUCGUGUUCUGCCCACUAGGGAUGGGUGGAACCUUGGGCGGUCUCAUCAACUCCUUCAUUGUCGAUCACCACUACGGGAAAAAAGCCGCCCAUUUCACGGCAAUCUUGACUUUAUUGGUUCUCAGCACAUGCAAUUACCUCUGCUACAGUCUGGACCGACAUUUUGGAUGGUUUGGAGCCUCCGAGCAUCCCAUGUGGUUUCACUGGCGGUACCCCGCGCUUUGGGUGAUCGGUUAUGUGAAUGGCCUUCUGUUAUUCACAGAUAAGGGGCAGGAAAAACUUGCUAGGAUAAAUUUCUAG